AUGAAUUACGUCGAAAUCGGGAACCGACAUGUGGUCGUCGCAUUGUUGACGAAUAAGACGUUUCUGGAGGAAUCCAUCUACUACCCCGUCUACGUGAUGCUGACGAUUUUCGAGGGGAUCGUCAUGGGCUGCAUCCUAUUUUUGUGCCCGAUCUAUGUGAAGACGCUGGCCGGAACCGCCGACGAUCGCUACGUUCUGAUUUUCGCGACUUAUCUUCGUAUGUUCUCCCCAAUGUGGGAUGUCUUCUUCCUUGUCGGAGUUCUUGUCGAGCGUCUUGCGGCCACGCUAAAAAUCGGCUUCUACGAGACAGUCAAUUUGAGCCGCGUUUCCACAUGCAUCAUCGUCUGGCACUUUGUGAUGAUUUUUCUCGUGCUGACACUGAUCACGGAGUGCACAGCCCAGGAUCGCUGGAUCCUUUUCUUGGCCACCCAUCUGCGAAUGUUCUCCCUCCUCUGGGACGUGUUCUUCAUCGCCGGUGUGUUGGUCGAGCGCUUGGCCGCUACGCUAAAAAUCGGCUUCUACGAGACGGUGAAUUACACGCGUGUUUCUACGGUCAUCAUCUUCUCACAAGCCGCCCUGAUUAUAAUCGUGCUGACGCUGGUCAUGGAGUUUAUGUACGAUUGGUAUUGGGCGGUGGUGCUGGGCAUGAUUGGCGGCAUUCUCGGCUUGGUGGCCAUCUCAGCAACGCUUUUUAAAACCCUCUACUCCUGGAACCUGCGUCAACUCCAGCAAAUGCGCGAAUUUGGCAUGAAAAACGUGAAGGCGGCAAAUGAUCGAUAUUUGAGCCGGAGGUUUCAGCUUGAGGAAAAUGUGAAUGCACUUGAGCUCGUAAAAACUAUUACAAUAUACUACGCCUUCGUUACGGUAGUCUGCACAUUUUUCAUCGGUCUCCAGUUUAUACUGGCGAACCCGAACACGAAUUUCUCGCAAUUUAUGCUGAUUCUAUUUGAUGUCAGCACGGCGUUGGCCGGCUUCUUCUACUUUGCGCUCCUAUUCUACAAGGUGGAACCCUGGAGACGCGGUUUCUAUGAAAAUCUACGAAAAAUUUUCGGCACCUCCUUGAUACCGGAUUUUGCCAGGAAAGCGCGAAUCGACCCGCUGGACUCUAUCGACGAAAGCGCACAUUAUUUUAGCUACUACCAUAAUGCUUGGAAU